AUGUCUUAUUCAUAAAAAAACUUUCUAAAUUAACCAUUCUACUCUCCAGCGAAAUUUGAGAAUGAUUAAAAGGAUUUGAUGAUUUCAUAAUUGAAGGCCGAAAACUUUGAACUUAAGCAAAACGAUAGAGACUACUAAGAAUUAGCUACUCAUUUGAAAUCGUUAGAACAUAGGUGAAAUCACAUUUAAUUGUAGAUAUAAUAUGUUACAUGAAGAAAAGAUGAGAAAUGAAGUAGAAUAUCGAAAUAGAAGUGAUUAGACAUUGAAGACGAUUGCUAAUUUGAGAAAUGAAAUUGAUAAUUUGAAAUCCUAGUUAACUGAAAAGCAUAUAGAAAAUUAGGAAAUGAAGGCAGAGAAUUUGGCAUUUAAGGAGAUAACAGAACAUAGAUCUUAAGAAAAUCAGAGAGUGAAAAAUGAUAUGGCUUUAUUGUAAGAAAACAAUAGAAAAUUGUAUGAAGAGAAGCUUAGAUUAGAAACAGAAUUAUAAGCAGCUAAAGAUGAAAGAAAGAGGUAAAGAAUAAGAAAUAUUAUAUGGUAGACUGUUGCAUGAUAGAGAGUUAUUGAAUAAUACGUAUGAAGAUGUAUUGGAUAAAUUGAAUGAGAAAGAAAAGCAAUUUUCUUAAUUACAAACUGAAUUUGAUAAUCUUGAAAAGCAAGCCCUUAUUUAUAAAGCAGAUGUCGAAAACGUAUUUAUUUAUUGGAUUAUCAAGAUCAAUAAUGAGGUUAAAUCUAAGAGUGAAAACCUGAAAUAUACAAGGAUGCAAUAUUAAGAAGCUCAGAAUUAUAUUUCACAAUUGCAAAAUGAUCUUGAAGAACUACAUAAGCAGAAGGAGAAGUUUAAAUAGGAGAGCUUGCUCUAUCAAAAAAAUUAUUAGCAAGAGGCUGAUACUUGCAUGGAAUUAAAUGCCUAAGUGAUUCAAUUAGAUCAAACAGUGAAACAUUAGGAAAAGACAAUAAUCGAUUAGAGGAAUGAGAUUGAGAGGUUGAAGUCGAUACAUAUGGAAUGUCUGGAAACAACAGAAGAGUUGAGUCAUGAAUUAGAUCAGGCCAAAAGGAUUAAUGAUUAAUUGGAACAUCAACAUAGAGAUGUAUUUGAUUGUGCUUAUGAAUAGGUUAUGGAGGAGUUGGAUAAGUUGUCAUUGACAGAGGAGUAAGCUGCGAUGGCUAGGGCUAGUAAAUACAAGGAAUUAAAGACGAAAUUGAUUAUGGGAACUAAGCAAUUAUAGUAGUUCUAAUCUCCAUUUAAGAGAUUUUCUACAAACAAAAAACCUUUGCUCAAAUAAUAUGAUUUUUGAAAGCGAU